AUGGAGAUAACGGAGGUCCUACGGAGACCUAGUGAGCCCCCCUCAGUUCUAGGGGAACACAUUGGAGACCCCUCUGACAGGACAGUGAAUCAGGAGUCCUGUGGCACCAGGGCGGAGGAGGGGUCAGGACACUCAGACAGUCAACCUGCUACAGACCAAGCCCUCAACCUCGACCCCUCUGUAACCAUCGACCACUCCGUGACCCUAACCCUGACCCUCGACCCCUCUGUGACGUGGUCAGACUGUGGAGAUGGAGAUGAUGUCACUGCUGUAGUGGUGUCCACAUAUACAGGGGAUGUCCCACCGAACAGUCCAGUGUCACCUGAGAACAUACCUGAGAACCUACUUGAGACCCUACCCGAGAACCUACCAGAGAACGCACCUGAGAUCCUACCUGAGAUUCUACCUGAGAACCUACCUGAAAACCUACCUGAGAACCUACCAGAGAACGCACCUGCGAACCUACCUGAGAUUCUACCUGAGAACCCGCCUGAGAUCCCACCUGAGAUCCAACCUGAGGACAUACCUGAAAACCUACCUGAGAUUCUAUCUGGGAACCUGCAUGAGAUCCUACCUGAGAAUCUACUUGAGAACCGAAGCGAUGCUGUCUGUUCUGCAAGUAACCUUACUGUCCCUGUUGAAGACUGUCAGAGUGUGAGUAGUUUCAGCACUACUCUCCACAAAGACUCAGACAGCGACACUGAGAGCAUAAUCAGCACAGGAGAGGACAGUGUUUUCCACAAGGGAGAGAGCAGCUACCACUUCCUGGGCUUUCCCAGACAAUUUACAUUGCAACAGGAGCAGCCACACCUCGAGUGGCCAAUGCAGCACAGGGGCCACACGCUCAAACGCAGAGAAAUAGGAAACAGCUUCCCGGAGGGAGCUAGCUCAGAGCAGCAGGGUCCGGUCACACCUCAAUCACCAAUCACAGAGCUCAGAGCAGCAGGGUCCGGUCACACCUCAAUCACCAAUCACAGAGCUCAGAGCAGCAGGGUCCGGUCACACCUCAAUCACCAAUCACAGAGCUCAGAGCAGCAGGGUCCGGUCACACCUCAAUCACCAAUCACAGAGCUCAGAGCAGCAGGGUCCGGUGGGCUUAAUGAUCCCGGAUGA